AUGUCCACCUCAAUCAUUCGCACAUCUCUACGAGCAGGACAGGCCAGCAUACUACGACCACGUCGUUCUCAUACAGUUGCUCAGAGUCUCAUGGGUAUACGGUACAAUUCUUCAGCAUCUUCAUCCAAGACUUCAAGUCCCACACCGAGUCAACAGCUUUAUACGCUGAAUGAAAUCGACAAACUGACCACGUCAAUAGCUCAAUCAUCUUCCGGGCCGAUUCAUCACCUUUCUCCACUAGUCAUGCGAGCCCUCCCCGCUCCAUGGCUAUCAUCCCACUCACCCGACCUGGCAUCCCAGGGCGAUACAUGCUCUGUCGACCAUCAUGCUUCGUCUGCAGAGCCAUUCACUGAGGAAGAACUCCUUCGACCUAAACACAUGAGCGAGAGUUUCACAAGUUUCGAUCUGCCGCUGGCGACCGAUGCGAAACUGUAUGAGAGGUAUGUCAAUACUUCUGGAGGAUUCAGGAUGGGUAAACUACUUGAGCAUCUUGACUCGUUAGCUGGAGCAGUAGCCUAUCGACAUUGUCUACCUACACCUAAAUCUGCUGCGUCAACGGAUGAAUCUCAAGCGUUCCACGAAGCAUCCUCUCGAGCUGGGCUGUACCUCGCCACUGCUAGUGCAGAUAGGUUAGAUAUGUUUGGUAGACUGAAUAGGGAGAAUGUCAGAGAUUUGAAAUUCUCAGGAUUCGUCACUUGGACAGGACGAUCGUCAUUGGAAGUAGUAGUGAAAAUGGAAGGGCAUCGACCGUCAGAACCAUCUGGACAAUUCAAGACCUUGAUGUUGGGUAGGUUUGCGAUGGUCUGUAGAGAUUCGAAGACCAACAAGGCGAGGCCAGUACCAAGAUUAUUAGUGGAAAGUGAGGAAGAAAAAGUCUUAUGGGCUAUUGGGGAAGAGCAUCAGAAGAGAAGGAAAACAAGUGCUAUGAAUGCUUUGGACAAAGUACCACCGUCAUCGGAAGAAGCUGAAGAAUUACAUAAAUUGAUGUUGCAAGUUUCAGCCACAGAGGAAGUCGAUGGCGAGCAAGUUGUACCCAUGCAGGAUACCGAGAUCCAAACUGUGCAGCUUAUGUUUCCUCAGGAUAGAAAUCUGCAUGGAAAGGUAUUCGGAGGUAUCCUGAUGCGUCUGGCUUUGUAA